GAGAGAGAGAGAGAGAGAGAGAGAGAGAGAGAAGAAUAAUAAAAACAAAAAAAGGCGGGCCACCUUUGGCAGCGCCAUAGGCGGGGCCACCGCGGCCCCAGCCCGCCCAGGGGGGGCCCGCGGGGAAGGGCCAAGAGCCUCAGAGCCCCCGCGGACCACGCGGACCUGGGGGCGGGGGAGCGCGGCAGCGCAGACCCCGACAAACUGGACCACAGCCCCUUAGGGCUUGCGCCGCAGAACUCCCCAGGACCCAUGGGGGAAGCCCAAUCGCAGAGAAAACAAACACGACAGCCACCCAGCGCCACCUCCAACAGACGACCGCAGCAAGUGGAAGCCCAAACUGGCGAGAUGCGCAACGGCUGCCUCAGAGCACCCCCAAGGAAGUGGCGACACUCUUGAUCCAAAGGUCGGCCCCCAGGCCCUGCUGAUGGAAAACGAGCAGCUGCGCGACCGCGCCGACAGCCUCGACGGCGCCCAUAGCCCGCAGGAGCCCGAAAGUGGCGUCGCAGAGGCACAAGGGUUGCAAGCCUGCCACUGGAGGGCCUGCACGAGGUCGAAGAAAACAUGCCGCAUGCGAACAUCUGCGUCCUCGGCUGGCAUCGACGACGACGCGGCCUGCUCGGCCUGCCCAGCGUCGCAUUCCCCGCCGUGCUGCUCGCCAGUGCUGCGCCGCUCAGCGCCGUGCUCGGACGGCUUGCUGGCGCACGGCUCGCUACUGCACUGCACGACCUGCUCAGCGCCGUACUCCCCGCCGUGCUGCUCGCCAUUGCUGCGCUGCUCAGCGUCGCAGUCGGGCGGCUGGCUGCCGCGCAGCUCGCUGCCACACUGCUCAGCGCUGUACUCCCCGCCGUGCUGCUCGCCGACGCUGCGCUGCUUAGCGCGGUUUGCUGCCGCGCCGCUCGCUGCUGCACUGCUCGGCCAGCUGCGCCGCGGAGUCCAGGCCCUCCUGGGCGAAAUCGCAGCGCAACAGCACUAUGCCCACGUCGCCUCUUUGCUCAGCGACGGCCAUCGGCCUCGCGGCGCACUCCUUGCCGAAGGUGCCGUCUUUGCGGAAUUGAGCGGCUUCCGCCGCGAACUGGAUGACCUGCGCCCUAAGGUCUAGCAGCCGGGCCUUUGAGCUCGACGAGGCCCUCGCCGAAGACGACCUUCGUCUCGAGCUCCACGCCGAUGCCUGGGUGACGCCGCCCUCCGAGACCGCUGUGCGCCAUGCCCAUGGUCUGUUGCGCCAGGACCUCCAUCUGCGGGUCAUCCUCGUGCGCGCUACAUCCGCCGCACGGGCUGCCGAUGUGGAAGUUUUGCACGCCAGAAACGCCAGAAGACCCCUCCGACAGUGGCUGGUCCAUGGCGCUGCCGUCCGACGAGGCGCAGUGGUCCCCGCGGCUGGCCGCGUCGCCUCGGAACCAGCGCUCGAACUCCUCCGCGAUCUCCGAUGCCAGCCCAGGGUGCCGCAAGAUGCUGGACGCGGCAUCCAGCUCCCGGGUGCGCCUGGCCAGCGCGUUGGGGGGCCUCCUGCCCGUCUUGCGGAGCGCCUUGAUGCCCUUCGCGUAGCUUUUAUAGCCGAGCACGGCGACGACCUCGCAGGACGCACCAGGGAGCCGCUCCGCCCCACGCCCGAGCCCAGGACGAGCCACGAGACGCACGGGGCGGCCAGGGGGCCCCUCGGGCGGGGUGCAGGGCGCCACGGCCUUCUCGACCGCCCUCCGGGCCGCCGCCCUGCGCUCCGCCGACCGCAGCUGGGAGCCCGCGACGGCGUCGAGGGCGGCCGCCAGGGGGGCCGUGGUGCCAGCGCGCCCCGAGAGCGCGCUCCGCCGCCGGCUCAGCGCCAAAAUGGUUUCAGC